UUUUUUUUUUUUUAUGUCAGUAAUGCUAAGUUAUUAGUAAAAGAGAAAAUCCAUACAAAAAUGGUGAAUCGGUCCAAAAAAUGAAAAUUAAACGGAAAAGAAAGGAAGCCAGCCCCUUAAGCGGAAUCAUGCUUCGAUUCCGCCAGUCCCCGACUCCCUUUCUCACUCACUGCUUCAAGUAGUCUGUUUAGCGUUUUAGGCCCGAGUUCCGUACCAACAUCGGGUUACUGGAGACUGUGAGUUCGAGCAAAUCGACUCCCACAAAAGCCGCCUUCAGAUCUCCGACAAAUUUCAAGCUAGACACAGAUGACUAAUAAUGAUGAUGAUGCGGAGAAUCCAGGAGCUGGUGCAAACCAGAGAGGUCCAGAAGCUGCUACUCCCUCUGGUGAAAUACAAACAAUCUGGUAUGGUGGCUUACUCAAGCAAGUCUCCGUAUAUGGUAUAGCUGCUGGGUACUGCUUAUCUGCAUCUUUGCUUUCCAUCAUCAACAAAUGGGCGGUCAUGAAAUUUCCUUAUCCCGGGGCCUUAACUGCUUUACAGUACUUCACAAGCGCAGCAGGGGUCCUCAUUUGUGGCUGGGCUAAGUUAAUUGAGCAUGACAGGCUUGAACUUUUGACCAUGUGGCGCUUCAUGCCUGCAGCAAUUAUAUUCUACCUUUCUCUCUUCACCAACAGUGAGCUGCUUCUCCAUGCUAAUGUUGACACUUUCAUUGUCUUCCGUUCAGCAGUUCCCAUAUUUGUUGCAAUAGGAGAGACCCUCUUCUUGCACCAGCCAUGGCCAUCAUUUAGAACGUGGAUCUCACUUGCCACUAUUUUUGGAGGAAGUGUGCUUUAUGUUCUAACAGAUUACCAGUUCACAUUCAUGGCUUAUAGCUGGGCUCUAGCUUACCUGGUAAGCAUGUCCAUAGAUUUUGUGUACAUAAAGCAUGUAGUCAUGACCAUUGGUUUGAAUACAUGGGGUCUUGUGCUGUACAACAAUCUUGAGGCUCUGAUACUGUUUCCUUUGGAGCUGCUUAUAAUGGGUGAAUUGAAAAAGAUAAAGCAUGAAAUCACGGAUGAGUCAGAUUGGUACUCUUUCCAGGUGGUUUUGCCUGUGGGGUUAUCUUGCUUGUUUGGUUUAUCCAUCUCUUUCUUUGGAUUUUCUUGCCGGAGGGCCAUUUCAGCAACAGGAUUUACUGUUCUUGGGAUAGUGAACAAGCUAUUAACGGUUGUGAUUAAUUUGUUUGUUUGGGACAUGCAUUCGACAUUUGUGGGAACAAUGGGGCUUUUAAUUUGUAUGCUUGGAGGGGUUAUGUAUCAGCAAUCUACGAGCAAAAAGCCUAAAGAUGUAAAAGAAGUAAAUGCACGAGAGACUGAUGAGGAUCAACAAAAGUUGCUUGAAAUGCAAUGCAACACAGAAGGCAAUGGCAAUCAGGAAGUUGCAGAAUCAGAAGUGGGAAAAUGAAAGGGCUUAUGUUAAGUACUAUCAUUUUAUUCUUAUUGCUGCAAAAUUUAUUUCUUAGGUCCAGCUUUAAUGAUCGGCCAAUUGUUGGAGGUGGGGACUUCAUCUGCUCUACCUUGACAAUUUAUUUAUGAAAAAUAUACUACUCCCUGAAAUGCAGUUUUAAGGAUGGACUCAGACAUGACUGACUGGGUUGAAGUUGUUUCAUCUCAAUUCUCAAUUCAUUUUCAUCUCUAUGGAAGUUGAUUAUUAUUGUGGAACUGUUCGGCAACAUCAAUUUGACCUUUGGAAACCUGGUAAAAAAUGUACUAUUUGAAUUCUUGUCAUUGUAGUUGUUUUAAAACUUCCCACCGAUCCACAUAGUCCAUGUAUUAGUGCCUUUGAUCUUGGUAUUGAUGUAUUCCAUAAGGCAUGCAUCAGAUAGAGUGAACAUAUACAAUGAUUGGUUAAAUUUCUCAUGGAUUGAAAGGCCUGGUUUUUCCAUUCA